CAAAGGGCUGGGGAUGCACAAGGGGACGGACGAACACGGCUUUCUGUGGACACGCUGAGGCUGCAGAACAUGGAGAGUCGCUUCCUUCGUGGAUUAAACGGAGUGUGCGCUGAUGUGGCCGGUCACUGAGUUUGAAAAAGCAGAAGAUUUGGCUUGUACUUUGUUUUGUGUUUUUUAUCGGUUGGCUUGAUCGCACAUCUGCAAUGAUGCGGGCUGUGGACCUGAGGAGGACCGCUGCUAUUGUACUCUGCCUUUUGGGAUACUUUGUCUCCGAAGCUGUCGCCAAAACACUACAGGAGGACACAACCACAGAAGAGGUGACUCUGAAAGUUCACCUGAGUGAUGCCAGCACUCACCAGCCCCUGGGCGGAGCCGUCAUACAACUGUUCACCAAUCACACUUUGGUAACCACAGAAACCUCAUCCACUGAUGGAAACACCUACCUGCACUUCCCGUACCGCCUUGGGACAACGCUGGUCGUCACUGCAACCAAACAGGGAUAUGUACCCAACUCUGUACCGUGGACUCCUUCUAGAUUACCUGUGUUUUCCUCCAUCAGCCUGGACCUGUUACCAGAAAGAGCUGCCACUCUGAUGGUGUAUGACGAUGUGGUCGAGAUUGUGUCAGACUUCCAAGGUUUCAGGGGCCAUCCGAGUGUUCAUUUCCAACGCAGAGCCCUGAGUCUUCCUCCCAACAACUCAUACGCCAACUUGACCGCUCUGCUCACCGUGGCCAGCUCCGCCUCACACAUCCAGCACUUUCCCUACCUGCAGGGUCUCAGGGGCAACGGCACAGGGACUGAGAAGAGGUUUGAGUUGACUCCAGUAGCCGCCAUAUCUGUUCACUAUUGGGCCAGCGAUGGAGCAGAGCUGCAGGUGAAUGAGCCAAUCACAGUCUCCAUCCCUCUACCGGUGGACAGCGGCCUGAAGGAAAAUGAUCACAUCCCUGCUUGGAGAUUUGACCCUCGCCAGGGUAUCGCCUGGAUAAAGAGCAGCUGGGGUCAUGUGCAGAGGGAAGGCAACCAGCUCAGGUCUGACCUACAUUGCUCCUCAGCUAGAUAUGGUGCCGCCAUGUCUCCACUACACUCAGGUCCAGUGGUUGCGAAGGACAUCAGCACUUACCACACUGUAUUUCUGCUGGCGAUACUUGGAGGAAUGGCUCUCAUCCUGCUUUGCCUGCUCUGCCUGCUGUUGUAUUACUGCAGACGUCGCUGUUUGAAGCCUCGGGGGUCUCACCGCAAGCUCACACUGUCCUCCGGUCUGGACAGCACUAAGAGGGACCAGGCCACCUCCAUGUCCCACCUCAACCUCAUCAGCAAUGAGGUGCAACUGGAACUUGUUUCCACAGCAACUGAGCCUGACAUGACCACACCAAUGCUGAAGCCUUCCUCCUAUGAGCAACAUGACAAUCAGCGUCAACACAGUCUUAUCCAUCACACCAAACACAGUCGCUCCUCUCUGGGUAACCACAGCCAUCAUGGCUCGUCUCUUGGCAACCUGACGCCUCGCAGCAGAGACUACCGACAGUCUGCGGAAACGUUCCAGUUAACAGCGCUUUCAUGUGGAACAGACAAGGGCUACCGUCAAUCAUACACCUCCGUCUGCUCAUCCACCAACCACAUUUCAGAUGGGCUGUCAUCUGCCAAUCAGGGUCAGGUGUCAGUUAAUCAUCUGAGCAGCGUUGGGAAUGUUGACUGCAUCUCCCCCUCCUCUCCUCCUCACUCCCCCGGUAGGGGGGAGGGAGGUGAGUCCAGGGCUGCUGAUUACCUUCUGUCCCGCUCUGUAGACCACCUAGAGCGGCCCAGUCCCCCGUUACUGUCUCGGCCAGGCCAGCUGCUCUGCUGCGGUUCUGUGGACCUGCUGAGUGGAGGAGAAGGCUACCCGAGGGUGCGUCCCACCCUGGUGAUCCCUGCACAUUACAUGCGCCUGCCUGGGGAACACCCUCUGUCAGGUCAGGCUCUGUUGCUGCAGACUGACCAGCAGAGUGACCUAGAGACGAUCCAGGCUGACUCAAUGCCUCACAUUCCACAGCCCCUGGGGCAAACCCCCACAGACUGUACCCCACGUUCCACCAAGCAGGGUGAGGGAGAGGGGCUCAGCCUGCCGGAGUCUCUGUCGAUCCCAGCAGCCCUCGGUGAAACAGCUCUUGUGGAGAUAAACAGCGAAGACACUCUGUUGGCUGAAAAGACUUUAAUGGAGUUGAGAGGAGGUAAGCCCCUCCCUCACCCUCGGGCCUGGUUCGUCUCACUGGAUGGACGUUCCAACGCUCACAUCCGUCACUCCUACAUUGACCUGCAGCGAGCAGGAUGCCACAGCAGCUCAGGUUCAGGAGGACAGCAGGGUAGUGGCAGCAGUGGGAGACGCAGCAACGGCAACGACGCAAGUCUGGACUCCGGCGUGGACCUGAACGAGCCGAGAACAGGGCGCAAAGGAAGGGACGGAGAGAAGGAGGAGAGAGAGAUUGAGAAGUCAAAGGGCACAACCCCAGCCACCGCCUACACUCAGCUGGUGUAUGUGGAUGAUCUGGACGCGGGAGGCAGCGAAGAAGAGACGCCCAAGUGCAGCCCUCAGGACAGCAGUGUAGGGCUGCCCCAGUCAGAUCCAGCACAGGCUCAGGGGGAUGAGGUAGGGAAGAGAGUAGAAGGUGUACAAAUACAGGAGGAUGCCCCUUCGCUUUCCUCUUCAUCUCCUACUUCUCCUCCUCCGCUGCCGACACCAGAGGGCGUGACAUUCAGGACUGAGCAUGCUCUGCUGUCGGUCUCUCCUGAUGACGAUGCAGAGGAGGAAAAGAAAAGCCCUUGGCAGAGGAGAGAGGAGCGACCCCUGCUGGCCUUCAAUCUCAAAUAACCCACCACCAUGACUCCACUCUGCUCAGUCUGCAUCAUUCACCUGAAGCCCUUUGCUGUCCUUUAUAAAGCACUGAGAAAAUAUUUUUCCGCACUGCGAUCUCUUCUUGUCCAAAACACAAAGGGACACGAGCUUUCAGGUCCCUUUUCUGAACAGACCACUGCUGUUCUCCUUCAGACACAUGACAGAGAAAGACCACUUAAAGGCAUGAUAUACAAUUUGCCUGAAGGAGACAAAUGGAUGUUGGAGCCAAGAAUAUUUUAUGCACAACAAUAUAUGCCUUUUUAUAAACAGCCUUGAUAGCAUAAGUAGUAGAAACAGUUGUCGGGGGAUUUUUCGCUAAUGAAAGCCUGCAGAAGACCUUUUUUUUUUCAUGAGCCAUAUUGGCGUCAGUCCACUGAGUGUAAAAAUACUGGUAAAAGCCGGGGACACAAAGUGAGAUUCUAAUCCUAAUUUGGCCAUACUGAUGGACUUUUAAGAUUGUGAAGUGUCUGCACCAAACAGGCAGGUGGUUUUUGUCUUUUCACAGUUGGUUUGGGAAUUAAAUGUCCUCCAGUGUGUUCCUGGGUUUGUGAGCAGUAUAGCAGGUGCUUGUUGCACUCAAGUCACCCCUGACAUAAAUUAGUAAAGCCUGUACUUAAGAUGUUUUUUUAAUAUGUUGCUAGAAUUUAAUCUAGCUUGUCAAUAAUCUGUAUGGGUGUUUACACGAACCACACAGGGGAUGACGUUUCUGAAAUGAAACCACUACAGCGCAAUCAGAUAAUGUGAUACACCACGAUGUUGUGGCUAAGGAUAUGAUACCACUAUUAUACUGUAGUUCUACCCAAAAGAAUUGUGAGAUGAAUUCAUAUGAAGGUUUUUGUAAAUGUUGAACCACUGACUGACAUAUUUUGCUCUGAAGGCUAUGCAUCACUUUUAUACGGCUGCUUGAGAUGCCUUUUUUUUGUAAUUUUAAUCAAUGAUUUUAAUUGCCAACAUGAAGUAUUUUACCCAAAAAUAGGCUAAUUUUUUUUUUCUUUUAAUAUGUUAAGGGCUUUUCUUGUUCACCCGCCUUAUUUUUAGAGCUGCAAAAACUCACACAUAGUACACAACAGCUGUAUCUUUUACCUAAACCAAACUUUUGCUUGCUGUUUCAACCAUGUCCUCAUGUUCCUCAAGUGCCUUUAAAUAACCUACUCUGCCAACAGAUUUGUGGAACAGAUUACCUAUUACCUUAUUUAUUUCUUUACCUUCUUUUGCCUAUCAGCUUUUUCCUCUACCUCAGUCUCCCUCUUUUCUUUUUUUUUUUUCUCCUCACUUGGGAAAGAAAGUCAUGCAGUAAACUUUCCUCAGCACUAGCAUAUUAAAGGCUACGCUGCAGAACAUCCAGAAAUGUGUCCCAGCUGCUGCAAUCAUAAAAUCCUGCUACAGUAAUCAGCACGGCACCAAUCUCUUGAAGUUUAAAGCAGAUAAGGAUUUGCCCAAGUUUUCAGUGUAGCAGGGGAUGAUAAAGCUAAGGGCGACUGUAUGUGAAGCUAAACUGCAGGUUAUUUCGGUCCACUUUCUUAAUUUUGAGUGUUUCAAUGUUUAAUGUCUGUCUUUUAUAUGUUUAUGUGCACCCGAGUGAUGGUCGAAGGCUGGGAGUUCUUCAGCGUGUUGUCAGACUUUUGGCGUCAAAUGCGAGAAUGCUGAGAAAUAAUCAACAUACAUUCACUCAAGGUUCAAAGAUCACAGCAAUUAUAAUCCAGAAUGUGUAUAGUUGUUACCUGUCUUCUACAUGAUCAUAUGAUGUGUGAGUUGGUGUUGUGAAUGGCCUCUCUUUGUAUCCCACAGCAAUCUUCCAGUUCAAGGGUGGAGCUGCAAUACAGUAUCCUGAGUGUGUAAAUUGGUUGCUUGCAUUAUAUUUGAAGCCUAUUAUUCUGAAUAAACAGAUACAUUUUAA